AUGCAUAUUCACACAUAUCUACAGACUAAGAUAUCUUUGAAGUUGAAGGAAACCCAUUAUCUAUCUAUCUAUCUAUCUAUUGAAUUAUUCAUAUGUAUCUAUCUAUUGAAUUCAGUUCAUAUCUAUCUAUCUAUCUAUCUAUCUCCGUCCUGGGACGGGAACGGGUUGGCCCGGCACCGCCUACUUCCGGAAACACUCCUCAGCUUAACGACAGCUACAAUCCAGCUACAACAACUCCACAGAUCUUUGCACUCAAAUGUUCCAACACCGCCUCGUAGUUCGCUACACACAACUCUCUCGAGUGGUCUCCCGCCGUCACAUUUAUCCCAGCGAACACCAACCAAUUUGUAUCCGCCCAAGUUCUCCUCUCGCCAAUCCUCGCGGCUACGAGAUCGCGUUUCCAUAAGUCCGACUCACCGUAAUGGUGGUGUUUCUUUCUUCGGACCAAUUACUGCCCUACACGCCAGACACAAACGAACCCUCUUAUGCCGAGAACUGAGUUUAACCUAUCUUUCUUUCUUUCUUUCUUUCUUUCUUUCUUUCUUUCUUUCUUUCUUUCUUUCUUUCCAUCAUUGUUUGUUUCUUUCUUUCUCAUUGUCUUCGUUUGUCUCUUUCUUUAAUUCGUUCUUUCUUAACGCCAUUCUUUUUUGGUCUGUUUCUUUCUUACACACAUUUCUUUCGUUCUUUCACUUCACCCUUUCCUUCUUUCAUUUUUGGCAUCGUCCUUUCUUUCUUUCUUUCUUUCUUUCUUUCUUUCUUUCUCAUCGGCGUUUUUGGUCUUUAUUUCUUUCUUUCUUUCUUUCUCAUCGGCGUUUUUGGUCUUUAUUUCUUUCUUUCUUUCUCAUCGGCGUUUUUGGUCUUUCUUUCUUUCUUUCUUUCUUUCUUUCUUUCUUUCUUUCUUUCUUUGCUAGUUAA